AUACAAGUUGCAAAAUAGUUUCUUAAACACAAAUUCAAUUUGAAAAAAUAUUUUCUUAAUUAUACUUUUUCUUGGAAGUUGAAAUACAAAAUUGUCUAACAAGAUACACAAUAAAAUAAGAGGGAAUUCUGUCAAAAAAAAUUAUGAACAACACCACCAGCGCCUCUCAACUACUGCUAAAUCAUCAUUUUCUCACCGUCUGUCAAUACAUAACAAGUUUUGGAAUUUUCUUCAACAACCAAGGUCUACUUGCAAUUGACGAUGAAAAUGACACCGUUCUGGUUCUGAAUACUCUGUUCGAUUAUCUCCGCAAAUCACAAAACGAGUCCGCAGCGAAAUUACAACUGGUGAAGAGUGCUCUCGAAAGGAAUUUACCCAGUGAUGGAAGAAAUGAAACAUUUGACAUGAAAUACGUGAACGACACCUUUUGGUACAUUAUCAGCAAAUCCCUGUUUCACCAACACGAAAAUAUCGACAACUAUUUAACGUCAUUAGUCGAUGUAAUUGACAAAGAAUGGAACGAAUUUUACCCACAAAUAAAGGAAACCGUGUUGGCAAAUCUUCUCAAAACGAAAGCAAAAAAUUGUUCAUCAAAAAGCAAAACAACUAAAACUACCUCUUUGAUUAUUGAACAAGUCUUCGAGAAAUAUAUUCUCCCUAUUUUGGAGAAGCGAACGGAUUUGGAUAUUUCAAGAAAAGAACUGUUUAAUGUGACGAGGAAAUAUUUGAAACGUUCCAAAAGAAGUGAUGAAGUUCCUACAGUUUCGACAAAUCAAAGUCCCACUUUUCUCAGAUUAUUAAAAUCUAAUAAAGCCAUCAUAAGACAGUUAACAUCUAAACGUUGGAAUGAAUUAUUAACCGAUUCAAAUACAAUAAACAUUUUACGUCCCAUAUUACAAAAAUUGGCCUACAAUCAAGCUGACCAAAUUUGGUUAAAAUCACCCAAGAAUCUAUGGUACACAGAUGUGACGAACAGUGUACUAGUUUUACAAUAUUUAAGAAAUCUAAAAGGACAUUUAUUCUUUUUCAACGAUAUUACAAUAAUGUCAGAAGUACAAUCAAUAGCUAUUCGACCUUAUUCUAAAAAGGAACCAUUCAAAACCGCAAUUUACUAUAACUGUUACAUUGAAUCACAAUACGGUUUUGCGGAUUUAUCAAGUUUGGGUAUCAAUAAAUAUGCUACAUUUCCCGAUGUAUUAUUUACUGUCACGGAUGUAGAAACAAAGAAAAGACCUAAUGGUGGUAUAGAUUUAUACAUAACAUUAAAACCCCAACCAUUAGCAAGAGAAAUAUGGAAAGUAAAUAGACUCGAUGAUUAUAAUUCACUUUCAUCAUUUAACAAAAAUACCAAUAAUGUAGAAAGAUUAAAAAUAAUUGAACAAGCUGCUAAUAAAAUAGCAUCAAAUGUCCCUCUAUGCACACUAACAACAGCAAUUGAAUUGUUAAAGUGUUACAUUCUCAAAAUGGAAGCAAGUAAAACGUACACACCAACCUAUGAAAAAUUCGCCGACGAUUAUUCAAAAAAAUUAAGAAUUGAACGUUAUUACAAAAAUUUCCUAAUGACUAAAACAAAAUUAGUCAAUAAUUUAUUAUACGAAUCGACUUUAGAUAAUAUUGAAAAUUUUGAAAGCGCUAUAAACAGAAUCAGUAAACAUUACUCUAUAAAUGAUGAAAAACAAAUGCAAAUGAUAUUUGACAAAUAUACAUCAUCGUCAGCUAAAAAUUCUAUUUACUUUGAAGAUUAUUUUAUAAUUAAUACAAAAUUUAAUGAAUUGCAAAUUUUAUACGAUAGAACGAAGAUGGAUAUACUAAAAGUCACAAUUUGUAGAAUUGCUUUGAGACAAACUGAUAUGGAACCAAUUGAAGGACCCAUUAUUCUUUAUUAUGGUUCAAUGGUCCAUGAGGGUGUAUACAAAGAUUUUUUAAAAUUACAAAAACAAGAAGUAUUCGCUUUUAAUUCAUUCUAUAAAUUUUCGACAAAAAUGGAUUUCGAAAUGGAAAAAUUGUCAUCAGAUUCAGAAUUAAAAGCAAUAUUCAUUGAGAUUGCAUUAAACGAUCCUACUGGAAUAGCCGAUAUUGGACGUUAUUUAAUAUUUGAAAAUAAAAUAUUUUCGCCAUAUUUCACAAUGCAAUUUGUAGUGGAUAACAUGAGUCAUGAGAUAAUAAAUUCUUGUGAAACUUUGGUUAUCAAGUUACAUGAUUUAUCAAAUCCAAAGGAGGAAAGAAUGGUUCAAAUGACAAAAGAACUUAGUGAAAUGAUUCCAACUAAGUCAGAAGAGAAAACAUUUGUUUCACCUUUUUUCACUUAAAUUUUUCUUCUGUUUUCUUUGCUUUUUUAUUUUGCUUU